AUGGAUCAGGGCUUUCUGGGCAUCCUCAAACUUCGUAUUAAAAAAGGAAUCAACCUUGCAGUACGUGACAGUCGUGCAAGUGAUCCUUACGUUGUUAUUACCAUGCACGAACAGAAACUGAGGACUAGGGUUGUUGAAGAUGACUGCAAUCCUGAGUGGAAUGAUGAACUGACGUUGUAUGUGAAAAGAAUUGAUGCUCCAAUCAUUAUAACAGUGUUGGACAAAGACACGUUCACGGAGGACGACCCAAUGGGGGAGGUAGAGUUAGACAUAAAGCCAUUGUUGGAGAGUGUGAAGAUGACCAUGAACACGACCGAAGAUCUUGAAGAAGGCUGUGUGGUCAAGGCAGUUCAACCCAGCAGAAAUAACUGCCUGUCUGAAGAGAGCUUGUGCAAAUGGAUCGACGGAAGAUUCCGCCAAGAAAUGCUUCUCAGAUUGAACAAGGUUGAGCGAGGUGAAUUACUCGUAGAAAUUGAGUGGAAUGAUCAAGGUUGCCUGGGAUUAUCAAACGUUGACCUUUAA